UUGCUUUUAUGGUAAUUUCAUUAUUAAAUUGAAACAGAUCUCAAAACAUAGAAUGGUGGACAACAUCAGAGAAUAAAAGGGGUAGGCAGCUGUGUGCCUGGGCCUUUGAUGCUAUCAGAUGGGAGAGACUGGAGCCUCUGGAUGGGAAAACACAUCUCUGCUCUCCAAGUGCAGGACCCCUUCUGCUUCUCAUCAGCAUCAUCUGUGCUGAUCAGUGUCUGUCAGGGGGAAAAUUGAGGGGCUUCUUUCAAGGCAUGGUAAUUUGAUGAGAUUUUUCAUGUUGCCUUCUUUUGAGAUCAAGCUGUCAUCCUGUUUUGCCACUGUGCAUUUGCUUCUUGCUUUAGUGGUUUAGCUUAGUGACUUUUGUGCAUUUUAUUUUUGAUUUUUUUUUAUUAAAUUAAUCUACUUGCGGUGAUAGAAUAUCAGUGUCUUAAUUCUUCUGAACCCACAGCAGCUGUUGCUUUUGCCUUGGACAUGUCUAAGAUCUCAUAAUGAGAUCUGAUGUAUCAUGUUGUUUUUCCUUCGUUCCCUUUCUUUGUUUGAUUAUUUUUUUCCAACAAAUAUGCUGUAACAACUUGCAUCCCAGGAUGCUUAGCUUUUAUUAAGAACUGUGGGAAACUUCAUGGAGGGAAUAGAGGUCUGAAUCCUUCUGCAAAGGAAAUAACUCUUCACUCUAGCCCAUGUUUAUCAUAUUUUGAUUUCUGGCCCCUGAGUGCCCACAUUUCCUACUCACAUGGCAGGAACUGCCCAAGGAGAGCAGAGCAUUGAACCCAGUGUAGAUGAGACUGUCUUAAAUCACGUCAAAAGGGACCCACAGGCUGAGCUGCUUUAAUAAGCUCUCCAACUUACAGUUUACAGUGUUGAACAGAUUUCCUUUUUUAUUUUUUUUUUAAGAAAGGGUUCACAAGUCAUUCUCAGUAAAGGUAAUGAAUUAUGAAUGCCUGAAAAUCACCUUGCAAGCCCAAUAAAGACAGUCUCUGGCAUAGCUGCUUUUUUACUAGCAAGUAAUCAGACUGUGUUCAAAAAGUGGAAACAGAGAUGUCUGAAUUUCUUUAACAUCUUUCUUCCAGGAGGAAAUCAGCAAAUGAGUAGUGAUGGAUGUGAGGGUGGUCUACUGCCUGUUCCUUUGGGCUGCACACUUCUUCCUGGCCGUGCCACACACCACUCCCAGGGUUUUCAGAAACAAAUCAAAGACUGGUGAUGAGCAAGAUGCCUGCAUAAAUCUCAUUCCCUGCCAAGAUAAUGGAGCAAUUUGUAUUCAGCCUUGCUCUCCCUCCUUCCAUGGGGAGACAAGCUUUGUCUGUGAGGACAGAAAGUGGCAGAUGUUGUCAGAUGCUUGUGCAAGCCUGGAUGUUCAGUCCCUUUUUCAGAGGAUAUCCCAAAGUGAACUCCCAUGCUCUGGAGAACAUCUUCCUUUUGUAGGAGGAGGAAAGCUAGGGCAUGGGAAGCCUGGAGAUGGAGCAAAACAUUUUGGUGCUGGGAAUCAUAGCUGCCAAGCUGACUUUUCAUGCAUCAUCCCAGAUAUCCUGUCUUCACCAGCCAUCCCAGGAAACAUUGCUGAUAUAGUGGAAUUGCUAAAGAAGAUCUCCCUGCUGCUAUCAGAGAAUGUCACUAGAGGAAAAAUGCAGAGCUACAGCAGGAUAGCAAACCAUAUUCUGAACAGUUCCAUCAUUUCCAACUGGGCUUUUGUAAAGGACAGAAAUGCUGGUUCAAUAUUACUGGACUCAGUGAAUUUAUUUGCUGGGAAACUUCUUCUAAGAAAUGGGUCAGAAAGUAUCCAGGAGCCCUUCAUCGCCACCAAAGGCUACAGCAUACACAGAAACACUUCAGGAAAGAGCUUUGACUUUUCCAUGGAGUUCAGUAGCACAGGCAAUAUUACUGGGCAGGUGGUGAUUCCAGAGGAAGAGCUGCUGAGGUUACCCAGGGCUUCCAAAGCCAUCAGCGUUGCAUUUCCAACGCUCGGAGCCGUGCUAGAGAGCACCCAGCCAGACCCCGCUUUUGUGAACGGGAUGGUGCUGUCGGUGUUGCUGCCAGAGGAGCUCCAGAACAUUUUGCUCACCUUUGAGAAGCUGAACAAGCUGGAGCAGGUGGGGGCUCAGUGCGUGGCGUGGCACUCGGCCGAGCGGCGCUGGGACCCGCGGGCGUGCGAGGUGCGCGCCCACAACGUCACCGCCGUGGUUUGUGUCUGCGCCCACCGGCGCCGCGCCUACAGCUCCUUCUCCAUCCUGAUGGCCCCGGCCGCGCCGCGCAGCUCGCUGCUGGAUGCCAUCACACGGGUGGGCCUGGGCCUGUCCAUUCUCAGCCUGGUCCUCUGCCUCCUCAUCGAGGCUGUGGUCUGGCACCACGCCACGAAAACCGAAAUAACCUACAUGCGCCACUUCUGCUUGGUCAACAUCGCUGCCUCGCUUCUCGUCGCAGAUAUCCUGUUCAUCCUGGCAGCCAUUGUGCACAAUACAGCCCUAAACUACCAGCUGUGUGUGGCAGUCACUUUUUUCCUUCACUUUUUCUAUCUUGCCCUGUUUUUUUGGAUGUUUACCUUGGGCCUCUUAAUUCUCUAUGGAUUAUUAUUAAUUUUUUUUAAGAUAACAAGAUCUGUAUUCUUACCUGCAGCAUUGUCUAUUGGAUAUGGAUGUCCCUUGGUUAUAUCUAUCCUCACUGUUGCUAUUACUGAACCGAAAAAUGGAUAUUUAAGGAGUGGAGCUUGCUGGCUCAAUUGGUAUGAGACAAAAGCCAUUUUGGCUUUUGUUAUACCUGCCCUGAGCAUCAUUGUUAUGAAUCUCAUUGUGGUGGUCGUGGUUGUGGUGAAGACUGGGAGAUCCUCCAUUGGAGAAGGCUGCAAGUCACAGGAUUUGAACAGCGUGAUCCGAGUCAGCAAAAACGUUGCCCUUCUGACACCUCUGCUGGGCCUCACCUGGGGGUUUGGGUUAGCCACAAUCAUCGACAGCCGCUCUCUGGCCUUCCACAUCGUCUUUGCGCUGCUGAACGCCUUCCAGGGAUUCUUCAUCCUGUUGUUUGGGACACUUCUGGACAGAAAGACAAGAGAAGCCUUAAGGAUGAACUGCCUUUCAUCAAGGCGGAAGUGGGGUCUAGAAAAGGUAAAGUUUAUUUAUUUUCCCAUAAAUGGCUAAUAUACCAAUUUACAAACCUUGUUUGUA